CAAAGAUCUUUUCGCAGGGCUACCCUAAGGCUGAUCGUGCCCAGGGAUAGAGCAGAUGCCAAAGGGACACACGAUUGUUCAAUAUCCCAGAGAACUGAACACAUUCCGUUACCUGGGGACAGCUUAGCGACUGCGUCUAACAAAGAUGACACGCAUCUACCAGCAGGAAGUGACGUUUUGAGGGCGACUGUCAAGAGACAACCGCACGGCCAAACAGUUUUUGUAUGCGAGAGUGCCACGCUCUCCAGGAUCUGGAGUCUACAAGGCGACAGCGGGGACAAUCGAGAGCGAUCCUCGGUGAUUUUGUUGAGGAAAUCAUCUAAGCGCGGAGACGAAAGGGUCGAGCGCGUUAAAACAGUUUACAACAACAGCUAUUUACG